UCUCAGAACUAUUCCUUCAGCUAUUCUAUUUUUCUAGCAUUCUACGUUUUUUUAAUUUUACUUGUAAUUAAAAUUAUUGAACUCUUCAUAUUUUCUGUUUAUUAAUUGUUACUAUAUCAGUUACAGCUUUUCUGUUUUCCUGUGGUACGCAAGUAUUGAGAAAAGACUAUGGUGUCACUGUGAGGAUGAUAAGUGUUGUGAUUCUGCCUCAAAUCAGAGAAAAGAAAGUAGAGGUUUCUUCUGUGAUAUGAAACUAAAAUUUCCUUCCUAAAAGGAACUCGAUGUUUGAUUCCUUCACGCCCAGAAGCUGUUUGAUGAAAUGCCUCAACAAAGUACAAAAAAUCCAAUGAUUUGUGUAUAAAGAAAUGUCGCCAGAUACUGGAUAAUAAGGUAACCCAAAAAAUUUCUUCUUUUGUGAUUGACGUUUUUUAUACGAUGGAUAGCUUGCAGGACACAACAAUAACCAUUUUGCGGUAUGUUAGGUGGUACAGUAUUGGUUACGAUAUCAAUUUACUUUACAAAAGCCUGCAAUUUUUGACAGUAUAUUUUUGUAUAUGUGCAUAUAUAUUGUUUGUUCUAAUGCUAGGAAUGGGACUGUCUCAUAUUAUAAGAUUUGGCAUUGGACAAACAACUGCAUACAGCAAGAGAAGAGCUUAGUCAUGCCCUUAACCAGGCUGAUCAAUGGAAACUCAACUAAAGAACAUGAUCUUGUCAUGAAGAAUGAUCUUGAACACCUGUUGCAUCUUUUACAUGGAAAGGGAUGGGAUAGGCCUUGGCAAUAUCUCAUGGACCACUCUACCUCAAACAUGGCAUCUCAAGCCUGGCACCAUGAGCCUGAGCUAGUGGUGCAUCAUGCUGGGUUGGAACGAAUGAACUCCGAGAAUCAGAGACUGAGGGACAUGGGGGAUGAGGUGACCACCAAUUACAACAAUCUUCAGAUGCAUUUAGUCACAUUUAUUCAGCAGCAGCAACAGAAAGUAGAUAAUAAUGAAGUAGAAGCAGAUGUUGUUGGUGAAAAUAAUAAUAAGGGUGAGCAAUUUGUUAGACAAAAUAGCAGGCGAAAUACAGUGCCUAGACGGUUCAUUGAUCUCAGUCACAGUUUCGGUGAAAGAAAAGCUAUAUAUUCUUUCAACAAAAAUUACAGAAUAAAAGGAUUCAAAAAACUAUAG